AUGGCCAAAACCCAAAAUUUUCUAAUUUCCAACAUAUUUAUACUUCUCUUAACCCUCACCACCAUAAAAGCUCAUAGCUUUUCGAGAAAUUUAUCACAAGAGACACUAGGCUUAAAAAAAGAGAAAUUCACCCACCUCCACUUCUAUUUUCACGACAUAAUCAAAAGCAAAAAUCCUACCGCAAUUCUGAUCACUAAAGCAGCCGUUAACUCAUCAAUAGAUUUCGGGGGGGUGUUCAUGGCGGAUGAUCCACAGACAAUGGAGCCUGAUAUCAAUUCAAAGCUUGUAGGAAAAGCACAAGGGAUAUAUGCUUCAGCUUCACAAAGUGAGAUAGGAUUUUUAAUGAUUUUCAAUUUUGUAUUCUUGGAAGGAAAAUAUAAUGGGAGCACACUUAGUCUUUUAGGCCAUAACGCUAUUCUUUCCGGUGUAAGAGAGAUGCCUAUCGUUGGUGGAAGUAGGGUUUUCCGCUUCGCUCGUGGUUAUGCUCAAGCAAGAACACAUGUCUUUGACCCUAAAACCCUAACUGCUGUCGUGGAAUAUGAUGUUUAUGUUUCUCAUUAUUGA